GAUGAGCUUCACUGAUAGCAACUUAACAGUGCUGCCGACCUAACAGAGGGCUGGCUCUUCUCUCCUAGAGAUUGAAAGUUUCUCUGUCUUCUGUUACUGUGAGAUGCUAAGAUCUAAGGCACUUUCCUGUUGUUUUUGCUAUGGUGAUCUGCUCAAUGCUUCUACGUUGGAGACCUUAACUUCUUUUCAUUGUUCUUCCCAGACGGCCACGGUGUCUUGGGAUAUCCGGACAUUGUACUCCACGGUACCUGAAGACGCAGAGCACAAAGCAGAGAAUUUACUGGUGAAAGAGGCUUGUAAAUUUUAUAGUUCCCAAUGGUAUGUGGUAAACUACAAAUAUGAACAAUAUUCUGGAGACGUCCGACAGUUACCCCGAGCAGAAUACAAACCAGAGAAACUUCCUUCACAUUCCUUUGAGGUUGACCAUGAAGAUGCUGAUAAGGAUGAAGAUACCACCUCCCACUCGUCGUCGAAGGGCGGUGGGGGAGCCGGAGGGACCGGAGUUUUCAAGUCUGGCUGGCUCUACAAGGGGAAUUUCAACAGCACCGUGAACAAUACCGUUACUGUGCGGUCCUUCAAAAAACGUUACUUCCAGCUGACCCAGUUGCCAGAUAACUCCUACAUCAUGAAUUUCUACAAAGAUGAAAAAAUAUCCAAAGAACCCAAAGGCUGCAUCUUUUUGGAUUCCUGUACAGGUGUGGUACAGAAUAACAGACUAAGAAAAUAUGCCUUUGAAUUGAAAAUGAAUGACCUAACCUACUUUGUGCUGGCGGCGGAAACAGAGUCAGAUAUGGAUGAAUGGAUCCACACCCUCAACCGCAUCCUGCAGAUCAGUCCCGAGGGGCCCUCCCAGGGGAGGAGGAGCACGGAGCUGGCAGAUCUGGGGCUGGAUUCGCUGGAUAAUUCUAUGACUUGUGAAUGCACGCCAGAGGAAACAGAGUCUUCAGAGAACAGCCUACACCCAGACUUCGCAAAAUACCUCACAGAAACUGAAGAGACUGUCAAAACAACUCGAAAUAUGGAGAGGCUAAAUCUGUUCUCGCUGGAUCCAGACAUAGACACCUUGAAACUUCAGAAAAAGGACCUUUUAGAACUUGAUUCUGUGAUCAAACCGUUUGAAGAAAAAGCUGCCAAGAGAAUCAUAAUCAUUUGUAAAGCUCUCAACUUAAAUCUUCAGGGAUGUGUUACGGAGAAUGAGAAUGAUCCGAUAACGAAUAUUGAGCCUUUUUUUGUGAGUGUGGCACUUUAUGACCUCAGAGACAGCAGGAAGAUUUCUGCAGAUUUUCACGUGGAUCUAAAUCACACUGCUGUCAGGCAGAUGCUCUCAGGGGCUUCCGUGGCUUUGGAAAACGGAAACAUUGACACUGUCACUCCCAGACAAUCAGAAGAACCUCACGUCAAAGGAUUUCCAGAGGAAUGGCUUAAAUUUCCAAAGCAGGCUAUAUUUUCUGUAAGCAAUCCGCAUUCUGAAAUUGUUUUGGUGGCCAAAAUCGAAAAAGUACUGAUGGGGAACAUUGCAAGUGGUGCUGAACCUUAUAUUAAGAACCCAGACUCCAACAAGUAUGCACAAAAGAUACUAAAAUCCAACAGGCAGUUCUUCAGCAAGUUGGGAAAGUACCGCAUGCCCUUUGCUUGGGCGGUAAGAUCAGUAUUUAAGGACAACCAGGGAAAUGUGGACAGAGACUCGAGAUUUUCACCAUUGUAUAGACAAGAAAGUAGCAAGAUUUCAACAGAGGACCUGCUAAAAUUGGUGUCAGAUUACAGAAGGGCUGACAGAGUAAGCAAAACACAGACCAUCCCUGGAAGCCUGGAUAUUGCUGUUGACAACAUUCCUUUGGAGUAUCCAAACUGUGUAACAUCGUCCUUUAUCCCUGUCAAGCCUUUCGAUGUGACAGCUCAACCAGAACCCACAGUCGAGGUGGAAGAAUUUAUUUACGACUCAACGAAGUAUUGCCGUCCUUACAGAGUAUACAAAAAUCAAAUUUACGUUUACCCCAGGCACCUCAAGUAUGAUAGCCAGAAAUGUUUCAACAAGGCUCGAAAUAUAACCGUGUGCAUUGAAUUCAAAAAUUCUGACGAAGAAGGUGCCAAGCCCGUAAAGUGUAUUUAUGGAAAACCUGGAGGGCCUCUCUUCACCUCAGCUGCCCACACAGCAGUUCUGCACCAUUCCCAGAAUCCGGAUUUCUCCGAUGAGGUGAAAAUCGAGCUACCAACACAGCUCCAUGAGAAGCACCAUAUUUUGUUUUCUUUUUAUCACGUCACUUGUGACAUAAAUGCCAAGGCUAAUGCCAAGAAAAAGGAGACCCUGGAAACAUCAGUUGGAUAUGCUUGGCUUCCCCUGUUGAAACAUGAUCAGAUGGCUUCUCAAGAAUACAAUAUCCCAAUAGCAACAAGCCUGCCUCCUAAUUAUUUAAGCUUUCAAGACGCUGCAAGUGGAAAGCAUGGUGGGAGUGACAUUAAGUGGGUCGACGGUGGCAAACCACUCUUCAAAGUAUUGACGUUUGUGGUAUCCACAGUGAACACUCAGGAUCCCCAUGUGAACGCAUUUUUCCGACAGUGCCAAAAAAGAGAGAAAGAUAUGUCUCAGUCACCUACCUCGAAUUUCAUCCGCUCUUGUAAGAACUUAUUGAAUGUGGACAAGAUCCAUGCAAUCAUGAGUUUUCUGCCUAUAAUCUUGAAUCAGCUCUUCAAGGUGCUGGUACAGAAUGAAGAAGACGAAAUAAGUACAACUGUGACCAGGGUUCUGACCGACAUUGUGGCCAAGUGCCAUGAGGAGCAGCUGGACCACUCCGUCCAGUCAUACAUUAAGUUCGUGUUCAAGACCACGGCAUGCAAGGAGAGAACAAUACAUGAGGAACUGGCUAAAAAUGUGACUGGUCUUUUGAAAUCAAAUGACUCAACAACAGUAAAGCAUGUCCUGAAGCACUCCUGGUUCUUUUUUGCAAUUAUCCUAAAAUCAAUGGCCCAGCACUUGAUUGACACAAAUAAAAUUCAGCUUUCUCGGGCUCAAAGAUUUCCUGAAUCUUACCAGAAUGAGUUGGACAAUCUUGUCAUGGUCCUAUGCGAUCACGUGAUCUGGAAAUACAAGGAUGCCCUUGAAGAAACAAGAAGGGCAAAUCACAGUGUUGCCAGAUUUCUUAAGCGCUGUUUUACAUUUAUGGAUCGGGGCUUUGUAUUUAAGAUGGUUAACAAUUACAUCAGCAUGUUCUCCUCUGGUGAUCUCAAGACCUUAUGCCAGUAUAAGUUUGAUUUUCUUCAAGAAGUAUGUCAGCAUGAACACUUUGUUCCUCUGUGUCUCCCCAUAAGAUCAGCAAACAUUCCAGAUCCUUUGACACCUUCGGAAUCAACUCAAGAGUUACAUGCGUCAGAUAUGCCUGAAUAUUCGGUCACGAAUGAAUUUUGCCGCAAACACUUCUUAAUUGGAAUUCUACUCCGAGAAGUUGGCUUUGCCCUGCAAGAAGACCAAGACAUCAGGCACUUAGCUUUAGCUGUCCUAAAAAAUCUAAUGGCUAAGCAUUCAUUUGAUGAUCGAUACCGAGAACCAGAGAAGCAGGCCCAGAUAGCAAGUUUAUACAUGCCCCUCUAUGGCAUGCUUCUGGACAACAUGCCAAGGAUUUACCUAAAGGACCUGUAUCCUUUUACUGUCAACACAUCUAAUCAGGGGUCUAGAGACGACCUCAGCACCAAUGGAGGAUUUCACACCCAGUCAGCUAUGAAACACGCAAACUCUGUGGACACAUCAUUUUCUAAAGACGUGUUAAAUUCCAUAGCAGCAUUUUCAUCAAUAGCUAUUUCUACAGUGAACCAUGCUGACUCCAGAGCAUCCUUAGCGAGUCUUGACUCCAACCCAAGCACCAAUGAGAAGAGCAGUGAGAAGACUGACAACUGUGAAAAGAUCCCUAGACCCUUGUCUUUGAUAGGCUCAACCCUUCGAUUUGACAAGUUAGAUCAAGCAGAAACCAGGAGUCUUCUCAUGUGCUUUCUUCACAUUAUGAAGACAAUUUCAGAGGAGACGCUGGUUGCCUACUGGCAAAGAGCACCCAGCCCAGAGCUGUCUGACUUCUUCACCAUCCUGGAUGUUUGUCUUCAAAAUUUCAGAUACCUAGGGAAACACAAUAUAAUAAGAAAAAUUGCCGCUGCAUUUAAAUUUGUGCAGUCCACCCAGAACAAUGGAACUCUCAAAGGAUCUAAUCCUUCCUGCCAAGCAUCAGGUCCCUUGUCACAAUGGAUGCAUACCACAUCUGCUCAUGAAGGACAUAAGCAGCACAGAUCACAAACUUUACCUAUAAUUCGAGGCAAAAACGCACUUUCAAACCCCAAACUCUUACAGAUGUUAGACAAUACCAUGUCCAGCAACUCCAAUGAAAUAGACAUUGUGCAUCAUGUGGACACAGAGGCCAAUAUAGCUACAGAGGUCUGCCUGACUAUUCUAGACCUGCUAUCCCUCUUCACCCAGAUUCACCAGAGACAGCUCCAACAAUCCGAAUGUCAAAAUUCAAUGAUGAAGAGGGUCUUUGACACCUACAUGCUCUUUUUCCAAGUCAACCAGUCAGCCACAGCGCUGAAGCAUGUGUUUGCCUCCUUGAGACUGUUUGUAUGCAAGUUUCCUUCAGCAUUCUUUCAGGGGCCAGCCGACCUGUGUGGAUCAUUCUGUUAUGAAGUCCUGAAAUGCUGUAACCACAGGUCACGGUCGACACAGACCGAAGCAUCAGCACUUCUGUACUUUUUCAUGAGGAAGAAUUUUGAAUUUAACAAGCAGAAGUCAAUUGUCCGGUCCCACUUACAACUCAUCAAGGCCGUAAGCCAGUUAAUAGCCGAUGCUGGGAUUGGAGGCUCUCGGUUUCAACAUUCUCUUGCAAUUACCAAUAAUUUUGCUAAUGGGGACAAGCAGAUGAAAAACAGCAACUUCCCAGCAGAGGUGAAAGAUCUGACGAAACGUAUAAGGACUGUUUUGAUGGCGACAGCUCAGAUGAAGGAGCAUGAGAAGGACCCCGAGAUGCUGGUGGAUCUCCAAUACAGUCUGGCAAACUCCUAUGCAAGCACCCCUGAGCUGCGGAGGACCUGGCUCGAAAGCAUGGCCAAGAUUCAUGCGAGAAACGGAGACUUAUCUGAGGCUGCUAUGUGCUACAUCCAUAUAGCUGCCCUCAUUGCGGAGUACCUGAAAAGAAAGGGUUACUGGAAAAUGGAAAAGAUUUGCACACCAUCCCUGCUCCCGGAGGAUAUCCACCCCUGUGAUAGCUACCCAUUACUAACAGCUCCUGGUGGAGGAAGCAUGUUCUCUAUGGGCUGGCCAGCUUUUCUGAGCAUCACACCAAAUAUUAAAGAAGAAGGAGCAAUGAAAGAAGAUUCGGGAAUGCAAGACACACCGUACAAUGAGAAUAUCCUGGUGGAGCAGCUCUACAUGUGUGUGGAGUUUCUUUGGAAGUCUGAGCGAUAUGAGCUCAUCGCUGAUGUCAACAAACCCAUCAUCGCUGUCUUCGAGAAGCAGAGAGACUUCAAAAAACUAUCAGACCUCUACUACGACAUUCAUCGAUCAUACCUAAAAGUUGCAGAGGUGGUCAACUCAGAGAAGCGGCUGUUUGGUCGCUACUAUCGUGUAGCAUUUUAUGGGCAGGGCUUUUUUGAAGAGGAGGAAGGUAAAGAGUAUAUUUAUAAAGAGCCUAAACUGACGGGCCUCUCUGAGAUUUCCCAAAGACUGCUCAAGCUCUAUGCAGAUAAAUUCGGAGCAGACAAUGUGAAAAUAAUCCAGGAUUCCAACAAGGUAAACCCCAAGGAUUUGGACCCCAAAUAUGCCUACAUCCAGGUGACCUAUGUCACGCCGUUCUUUGAGGAAAAGGAAAUAGAGGACCGGAAGACGGAUUUUGAAAUGCACCACAACAUCAACCGCUUCGUCUUCGAGACGCCCUUCACGCUGUCGGGCAAGAAGCACGGCGGGGUGGAGGAGCAGUGCAAGCGGCGCACGGUCCUGACCACGAGUCACUUGUUCCCAUAUGUGAAGAAGAGAAUACAAGUCAUAAGCCAGUCGAGCACAGAACUGAAUCCGAUCGAAGUGGCGAUUGAUGAGAUGUCCAAAAAAGUUUCUGAGCUUAACCAGCUUUGCACGAUGGACGAGGUGGACAUGAUCAGACUGCAGCUCAAAGUCCAAGGAAGCGUCAGCGUGAAGGUUAAUGCUGGGCCAAUGGCCUACGCACGAGCUUUUCUUGAAGAAACCAAUGCGAAGAGAUACCCUGACAACCAAGUAAAACUUUUGAAGGAAAUCUUCAGGCAAUUUGCAGAUGCGUGCGGGCAGGCCCUAGAUGUGAACGAGCGGCUCAUCAAGGAGGACCAGCUGGAGUACCAGGAGGAGCUGAGGUCCCAUUAUAAGGACAUGCUCAGUGAGCUCUCCACAAUCAUGAAUGAGCAGCUCUGUCGCGGUCCGUGUCUGUACAGCUUCUGUUCCUCUGUGUCUAGUAUUUCCCUCAGUACUAUAAGCAAAAGUGGUAUGUUUUUCUUUCCUUAUGUCUACACUGUCCUUUGUGACCUUCUGGUCUGCCUGUCUUUUCCUAGUUGUUCACAUUCCCCCAGACACCUCCGUAGUGGCUAGUGUUCUCUGAGUGUUCAUUUAGUUAGAACAACUUUAUUUCCAUUUCGAAAUAGGCUGAUAUGAAGAAAAAAGCUUGCCGAUUAAAGUUAAAAGCUUACCUUUUAUUUUUUUUUAAGUAGGCUCCAUGCCCAGUAUGGGGCUUUAACUCACAACCUUGUGAGUGAGAGUUGCAUGCUCUACCAACUGAGCCAACCAGACACCCCAACAACUCAGCUUUUAAAAAGAAAACUCAUACUCUACCAAUCUGUAAAAUAUAUUUGGGUCAAUUGUAUCCAAAACAAAGAUUCAGUGUACCUCAAAUUGCAACAACAAAAAACAAAACAACAACAAUAACAAAAAUCUUUUGCACAAAGAUUAGAACCAGCUGAUUAGGAGGACAGAAAAAGGAAUUCUUCUCCAGGAAACCUGUACUAAAAGAAGCAAAGUUUGACUUUGUGCUUCCUGGAAACUGAUGCAAAGGAAAGAAACGGAUGGAUUGCACAGAUCUUAUUAUUCAGUAAAAGAAACAGAUCUGUUGGCAAGAAAGAUAAACAUUCUUCUCAUCCUGGGGAUUUGUCACAUUGGUAUUUAUAUGUGAGACCAUGACAACACAUAUGAUACCUUCAAAAAAGUUUUCCUUUAAAUAAUUUGCUCUAUUAUAUGGGCAUUCCAAUUUCCACCUUAGAUUAAAAUGAGGACAAAGUAUUAACUUCUAGCUCUGUAAAAGAGAUUCCAGAGGAGAAACUAGUUAAUAAUCAUCAAUUGUAAGUAUAAAUUGUCCAUAACAAAACUACAAGAUAUCUAGAGUGAAGUUAGCUAUUUUCAUGACAACCGUUGAUAAGUGUUAUUCGUUGGUUAUAAUGAACAAUUUCCUGAAAUCAGAAAGAGCAGCCAGUGAUUAAGAUCUGCAAAGUCCCUAGAAUUUUUAAAAAUGGGUGUUUUCUCAGUUCAGAUUUACAGCAACAACAAACAAUUGUUUGCUGCUUUUCUCAAUUUUUUUAAUGAAAAGGCAUCUGGCCAUAUGAUUGGGUUCAAACUCUAGUGCAGGGAAGGGUGGGCAGACUUUAGCAUAUUCUUGUAAUGCAUGAACAAACCAUAAUCUGUAAUGCAUGAAUUCAUUCACAUACCUUUAUGCUCAUGACAUGUUCUGGAAGAAAAAUUACAUAUAUAGUUACAGUGAACGUUAAAAAAUAGAGAUAGUGUUAGAAUAGAUAGACAGACAUAGAAAUUUUAAAAAAUAAUAGGAAUAGAAUUAAUGCAAUUCAUUCCAAGAGUGUCCAGAGUAGUCUUAGCUAAGAGGGUAUCCUGAAGCCCCCUCUUAGUGAAAGAAACUUCAGUAUACAGAAAGAGAUGGAAUAGGAUAAAGUGGAUGCUAGUAUGUAAAAUGGAGAUAUUGGGAUGGAGCAGUUGGGGUUGCCAAAGUGGCAGAGAGACAACAACUAGACAGCCAGGAUGCCACAUUGUUUUGUAAGUAGCCAAAAAACAUAAAAGCCUCCUUUGAUGGAGGCCUAAGUGAUGCAUGGAAGUAACUGGAUGAAACAUAAAUAUAAGAUGAUCAUUUGGCGUCUGUUUCAGCACUGAUGAUGAUAGCAUCAUGGUAAACUCAACAGCAGUAACGAAUCUCAAAUAUAAAAUACAGAGGAAGGAAGAGAUCCACUCUGUUACGGUGCCAGGCAGGCAAGAUGCAAAGGCAUAUUGCUCUGGGAGUUUCAGAUACUCUAUGGACACAUCAUUUCCCAAAUUAUUUAAGCAGAACUUGUGGCAUUGAUCAUAAGGAGAAUUUAUUGGCAGUAUAGGAUACCAGAUGCUUGGUGUUCGUGCAGACAGAAGUGUUAAUCUGUCUUGGAAGAGGGUUAAAGCUAAACCAUAGUAAUAUGUCAAGUAAGUGGAAAAACCUUCAUAACUAGAAAUUUGAAAUAUUCAUUAAGUCUCUUCUUUACAGAGAUACAUUUUAGAGGUGCCUGGGGUUUCUACUGUUGUUAUCGUAUUUACACAUCAUUAUUUGCACAGAUCUGACAGGAAGAUAUUAUUUAGGCACAUUAAUAUUAUUUUCAAAAUAAAAUCAGGUCAAGGUGUAUUUUUUUCUUCUAUUUCCAUUAAUGCAAACAUUUAAAUGAGCUUUCAGGUGUUUCCCUUUUUUGGCAUUUUGACAGUAUAAAUUGUAAACUUUUAGAAUAAAAUGAAAUUCUGGAAUUAUUCAGAUACAAUCAUAAAGUCAUUAUGUAUAAAUUUAUAUCUGAUAGUUGAACAGUAUUGUGAAGCUAAUUUAAAUCUUGCCAAAAUGCUUCUGGCAUGGGCUUGGAAAAAAAUUCCAGGACUACUCUGAUAAGCUCGUUUUCAACAGCUCACAGUGCCCCUAUGGGGAAGAAAAAAAGUCACUGUUCUGGGUUUUAAUUUUGUGCUUGGCAGUAUUAACAUGAACUUCU